AAAAGUUUUAAGAAAGUUUAAUUGCUACAAGAGAUGAUAUGACAAGCUAAACCUUCUGUGUAAUAUUGAAUCAAGUUGCAUAUUCUCUUCGCCCAAGUUUCAUCAUAUGUAAAAUUAGGAGUGAAUGCUAUACAUGUAACGAAAUUAGAAGGCCAGGAGCACAAAAUGAUAUUGUUUAGCUCUUACUGAUAUUAUUCUAUUUUCUCUAUGAGAUAGGAGGGAACAAUAUCUUCUAAAACUGAUGGAGGAAGUGGAAGUGGUAGAAGUUUGAGAAAGGGGAGAUUUGAUGAAGCCCUCAUGGAGAAGUUUUUUCCUCUUAGUUUUGUCUCUUCCUUUAGAUUUCUCCUUUUCUAAAAACAAAAUUGAGGAGGCCUUCCCCAUCUUUUUCCUCCUUCUGUUUCCCCAUCUUCCCUCUUGGUCAGGUCUUCUGCCCAGGGCUGGGAGCUCCGCCCUCCGCGGGAGAGGGAGGGCCGGGGCGGAGCGAACAGAAGUGGGCGUGUCCUCUCCUGUCGACGUGCGGCCGUGAGGACGUUGCUUACGUCAGAGGACAUCCGGUCCGGCUCUCAGUACCCUGAAGCUGCUCGGUCCGCCUUCCGUGGGUUUAGUAGCGUUUCUCCACCCGGAGUCGUGGUCCAGGAAUAGAAUCUGGUGCUGCUGCGGGCCGGCCUCACGCUAUCCCUGCCCCUCGGCCCCCGGAGUGAGCCCGGCCUCCCUGCGAGGAAAGGGAAAAUGCCUAAAAAAAAGACUGGUGCGAGGAAGAAGGCAGAGAACCGCCGGGAACGUGAGAAGCAACUAAGAGCAUCAAGAAGCACUAUUGACUUAGCUAAACACCCAUGCAAUGCUUCAAUGGAAUGUGACAAGUGUCAGAGGCGGCAGAAGAAUAGAGCGUUUUGCUAUUUUUGUAAUUCUGUACAGAAGUUACCAAUUUGCGCACAGUGUGGGAAAACAAAGUGCAUGAUGAAGUCUUCAGACUGUGUCAUAAAACAUGCUGGUGUCUACAGUACCGGCCUCGCAAUGGUGGGUGCAAUAUGUGACUUCUGUGAAGCUUGGGUUUGCCAUGGUAGGAAGUGUCUCAGUACACAUGCCUGUGCCUGCCCACUUACCGACGCCGAGUGUGUGGAAUGUGAACGGGGUGUCUGGGACCACGGAGGGAGAAUUUUCAGUUGUUCUUUUUGCCAUAACUUUCUCUGUGAAGACGAUCAGUUUGAACAUCAAGCCAGUUGCCAAGUUUUAGAGGCGGAAACAUUUAAAUGUGUUUCUUGCAAUCGACUGGGUCAGCAUUCCUGUCUCCGUUGUAAGGCUUGUUUCUGUGAUGAUCACACAAGGAGCAAGGUGUUUAAGCAAGAAAAAGGAAAACAGCCUCCCUGCCCUAAAUGUGGACAUGAGACUCAGGAAACUAAGGAUCUUAGCAUGUCAACGCGCUCCCUGAAGUUUGGCAGGCAGGCUGGAGGUGACGAGGGCGAUGGAGCCUCUGGGUAUGACACGUAUUGGAAGAACCUUGCCUCUGAUAAGUAUGGUGAUACCAGCUACCACGAUGAGGAAGAAGAUGAGUAUGAAGCAGAGGAUGAUGACGAGGAGGAAGAAGAAGCUGGAAAGGAUUCAGAUGCCGAGUCAUCAGAGUUGUUUACUAACUUGAAUUUAGGAAGGACCUAUGCUAGUGGCUACGCCCACUAUGAGGAGCAAGAGAACUAGGAGGGCUGCCUGCCCAUUGAUGACCUUGUCUGAGGAGCUGGAAUGUGUGUGCCCGACAAAUCGUGCAUGGAUGUUCAAGAGCACAAGCUGCCACUUAGUGUUGUGUGAGAGACGAGUCACACUUCCAGGGGCAAGGAGUAGGGCGUAGCGUUUUCAUAGGAACUGAUGAUCAGGCUUCUAGCAGAAGAAAAAUGAGUUUCAAAUUUAAGGUGUUUAUUGAUCCAAGCAAUUGAACUAUCAUGGAUUGGAUUUUUACUGAUUUCAGUAACCUAGUAAGUAGGUUUGCCAAUUAAAUACAUAUAUAGGAUAAAGGAAUAGGAUGGUAAUAUAUUUGUUUGAAAUUAAAUUGCUGUUUUUAUUAAAAAACACUGCUUAUAAAAUCAUUCAGUCUGAUUUUGUAAAAUAUAAUGGGUAAAUGAAUUAUUGUAUUUUUCCUUGUUUGUCCACAGGAUAAAAAUCAGAUGUUUUAUGCUAAAUUUUCAUUAAAUAUUCACAAUAUCUUAAGUAGCUAUAUGUAUUUUUUAGCAAUUGACUCAUUCAUUUCUUUCUUCGCACUCUAUGUCCUAUGUAGUACUUCCUUUUAUUGUCUAGAUGUAUAGACAAAGGUGACUAUAUAGCCAUUUUUCAGAGACACAGAAUCAGUAUUAUUACACAGAUGUUUUACCCAGGAAAUUCCAUUUUUCUUUGAAUAAAUCUAGCAUUUCACUUAA